UUGGUAAACUUUAUUUCGUGGUUGUUGUUGGCUAACGCUAACUGAGAGAAGUAGCUUUCCUUUGUUAAAAAUCAUCAUUCACGACUAGGUUUUUUACAGUAAGAUAAACUCUAAAGCCGUGUUCAAAUCAGCGUUACUUCGUCAGCUCAGGCGUUACUUUGAUAUUCCUGGUAAAUUUUCAGUGAGGGUGAAUCUUAACACCGUUACUCUGGAUGAUAACAUUGCAGAGAUGGGUGGCGGCAGACCGGCUGGUUGCUCGAGUUUAGUGACGCUUGGACAGAUGUCUCUCCGCAGGAUGAGCAAAGCAGGUCCACUUUGAGAUCUCCAUCCGCGAGGCUGUCGAGAGCGGAAACUCUGCUGCCAAAUUCAGAAAGCUUGUUUGUGCGUCAGUUUUGUGCCCAUGUCAACUAUGGAGAGCUGUCAGGUUACUUUUGCCGUGAGAGGAGAAACAUCCCCAGGUGAGGUGAUUGCAGUUGUUGGUAGCUGUGAAGCCCUGGGAAGCUGGAGCCACCAAAAAGCUGUGAAGUUGCAUCCCAGUGGGAAUGAUGGAAACACGUGGACUACUACAAUCACAGUUCCUAAAGGAGUUGUCUCCAAGUACCGCUAUUUUAAGGGCUUUUUUCUGGAGUCAAAGAGUGCAGGUGGUCCCUGUCAAGUGAUAGUCAAUUUGUGGGAGACCCAUCAGCAGCCUCGCACGAUGAGCCCCACAGCAUCACAUCAGAAUAUCGACGAUGGACAAUUUGGAAUUCACAAUGGGCUGAAUUGUGUCGACUCUGGGUGGCUGACAUGCCAGACAGAGAUCCGCCUGCGUCUGCACUAUUCUAAGGUUUCUCCUGUGUCCAUUACCAAGAAGAAAUUCAAGAAGUCUCGCUUCAGAAUCAAGCUGACUUUAGAGGGCAUUGAAGAAGAGGAAGAUGAGGAUGAUGAGGAUGAAGAUGAGCUCAGUCCAACAUCAUGGCACAAGAUGACCACCACUCUGGAGAUCAGUAUGAUCAGUGCCAGCGGCUACAAGUCCCGCCACUCACAGCCAGAGUGUGGCUAUGCUUUGGAGCCCUCCCAGUGGACCGAGUACAGCAUCCACACCAUGGACCCUGACAACCUGGAGCUCACCUUUGAGUUCUUUGAGGAGGAUCUGAGUGAGCAUGUGGUCCAGGGGGAUGCUCAUCCAGGACAUGUGGGCACAGCUUGCCUUCUUUCAUCUUCUUUCCUGGAGAGCGGUAAAGACAACGGAGUUGCCACACUUCCUAUAAUGAGUCGAAAUUCCCGGCAGACCAUCGGAAAAGUCAGAGUUGAUUAUCUGGUGAUCCGGCCUAUCCAGGGACUGCAGUGUGACAUGAGCUCCUCCUUCACCAAAUACUGGAAGAAAAGAGGCGCUCUGAAUGUGGGUCACAGGGGAGCUGGCAGCACACAUGCAGCUAAGCACCACAGAGUUAGGGAGAACACAAUCGCCUCAUUCAAAAGUGCUGCCAAGCAUGGUGCGGCCUAUGUGGAGUUUGAUGUUCACCUUUCUAAGGAUGCUGUGCCUAUUGUAUACCAUGACCUGACAUGCUGCAUAUCCACCAAGAAGAAAAAUGACAAGACUUUGGAGCUCAUUGAAGUGCCUGUCAAAGACUUGACCUUUGAUCAGUUGCAGCUUCUGAAGCUGGCUCAUGUCACUGCGAUGAAAGAAAACAAUGACAAAGAUCUGAUGGAUGAUGAAGAUGAAAUCGAUGAGCAUCAGCCAUUCCCCUCCCUCUCUCAGAUUUUCCAAACUAUUCCUGAGCAUGUGGGCUUCAACAUUGAGCUCAAGUGGAUAUGUCAGAUGAAGGACGGGUCGUGGGACGGAAAUCUGUCAUCCUACUUCAACAUGAACACUUUCCUUGACAUCGUCCUGUCCUGUGUGUUGCAAAAAGGCGGGAAAAGACGCAUUGUCUUCUCCUGCUUUGACCCAGAUGUCUGCACCAUGGUGCGUCAGAAGCAGAACAAGUACCCCAUCCUCUUCCUGACUCAGGGGAUUUCAGAGAAGUAUCCUGAGCUGAUGGACAUUCGCUGCCAGACCACUCAGAUUGCCAUAAGUUUCGCCCAGAGUGAGAAUAUUCUGGGGAUCAGUGCCCACACCGAGGAGCUGCUAAAGAACCUCUCCUUCAUUGGGGAAGCCCAGUCUAAAGGCCUGGUGGUGUUCAGCUGGGGAGACGACAACAACGACCACGAAAACAGGAGGAGGCUAAGAGAACAGGGAAUCGAUGGGCUCAUCUAUGACAGUAUCUGUGAAGACCAAGGAGAACAGCAAAAUAUCUUCCAGGUAGAAGAGCAACACUCCCUGCAGGAGGUGAUCACAGAGGAGACUCUAAAGAGCUCCACCUGCUCCUGCUACUCCAUCCCCUGCUCCAUGGCCCCCUGCAUUGCCUCCAAGGCCCGGGCAGGCAGCGCUGAGUCCGACUCUGGUCUCAGCUCCUCGUAAACACUCCAACCUUUAAAUGGACCUCACUGCACAUAGACUCUGAAGAGGACCAAGGUGGCAAAGGGGACAUCAUAAAUAACCAUGUACUGGGAGACCAGUUUGUGUAAAAAAUCAAACAUGAAUAGGAAAUUUCUUUUCAUUCAGAUGUGAUCACGAGCUCUAAAAGCAGCUCCACUCCACUGUACUUGGAUUAUAUGUCUUUUCUAUUCACAAAGGGUUUGUUAUCUAUGCACAUUAUUGAAAUAGGUGAAUGUUUUGCCAAAACAUUAAAGCAGCCAUACAUGUUCAUAUUUUCUUUAUCUGGUGGAUAUAGGGAAGUUUAGAUGGUAGAUUAGACCCUAAAGAGUGAUGCAGAAAAGUGUCAAAAUUGGAAAUAAUAUUCAUAUUUAUUUAGCCAACUUGUCUCUGAACACUAUUACACUUAAAUUACACUUUAUAUUACACUUUACAAAUGAAACUGCUGCAAGUUGUGUGUCAUGAAGUUUAUGAUGAUGUAGAUUUAUGCUGUUUUAUCUUUUCUGUGCAUGUAGCCAUUACCUUAAGUUUUUAGAAAACUACUCAUUCAUCUUUUGAGUCAUGAGAAUCAAAGGGUUAAGUGAAUAAAAUUUGCAUGCUUCUUAUGCCGUAGUUAAAGAAGACAUGCAUUUGAGUGUGAGUGAGAGAUCACCUUUAGGAGAUAGAACAUCAUUGAUGAAUUUCUUUUUUGAAUGGACCUCCAGCUCCUGCUUAUAGACUUAAAAAGUUGUUUGUUAAUUCCAUCCUGCACACCAGGUAUAAUAUCUUUUCAUUUAAUCAACUUGACUUCAGGAAAAGCCGAAGAAUGUUUUAUCUGUAAAGUGCACAUAUAUUCUACCGCCUUAAAAGGUUUAAAAAUCUUUAGUCCUUUUUUCAAUUUUACUUUAUUGUUGCUGUUUUCAAAAAUCACCAAUACCUCACCUGUCAUGUGUAAAAAUAGCCUUGACUAGAGGUGUUUGCACAGAAUGAGCAAUUGCACUUAUUCCCCAUAAAUCCUGUGAGACCGCACAACCCCGUCGCAUCAGGCAACAUCUGGGAAACGGCAAACCAAAUCUACUCAUAGUAUUCUCUCUGUAUAUUUUUUGUGUUUCACUUGAAAAACAGAGGCAUGCAUGAUCUGUAACUCUGAAAGAAUAUCAGGGUUUUGACUUAAUCUAGUGUAAAAUAUUAAUCACCGCUUCAGGAAACAAGAGUGUACAUGGUCAUGUAAAUAAAUCCACACCUAUAUUUGUC